CCCGCUGACAAGCAUCUGGAGCAGGGAGCUGAGGAGACGGGGCUCCAUGGACCAGACAUGAUAAGACAUCCGUCCACUGACUUUACCCCUAGUGACAGUGGUUCUUCUCCCAGUGAUAGUGGUUCUAGCCCAUCUCCCAGUACACCACAGAAAGUACUCCCAGGAUGCAUCUUUGGUCCAAGGCUGCUUCAUGCAACACCAAGCUCCACUGGUUCAACAAGACCUCAACCUGAGGGCUCAGAUCAUCGCAACCCCAUCUCACGGAGAUUGUCUGGAAAGUUAGGUGGUCACGGACCAUGUGGGCGCCAUAUUCCUUUUAAAAUGGAAAGGAUCAAGGUUCUGACUGGAUCUGAGGUGGAAAGUGACUUCCCAGAUGAUCAAACCAUUGGCACAAGGGUGGUGAUGGGUCAAGAGACACUGCUCAAAUCAACAGAGAUCCAGAAAGUAAAGCCACUGGUUGAGCCAGUUGGUCAGACUCCACCCACACCAGCUCCACCACUUCCUCAGGCACAAUCAAAGGAGGAAAACAGUGGUCUAAAACAGGAAGACGAGCAGAAAGACCCUGUCCAACUUUCCACCAAACACUUUUCACCUUCUCACAAGCCUCCAUCACCGUCCUCAUCCUCUCCACAGCCCGUCACAGCUGAAGACACAGUGAUGGACACACAGGAAGAGGGUGGAACCUCUCAAAAAGAAGUGCCUUCCCUCCCUUUUUCUGAGCUGGCCUGUCCAGUUACUUUGUCCUUUUCGGAACCAGCCUUUGCUGUUGACCCUCUACGAGUAGGAAUGCCCUCGUCCCUAGACCCCGACCUUUAUUACACUGCCCCUUCUACCCCAAUAAAAAUGACUCCCUGCUCUUCACACCUUAAACACAACUCUUAUCCAGGAUCACCUGCCUGUCCUCUUUCUCCCGGUUCUCCCUCAGACAGCGAGGAUCUCUGCUCUCCUCUCACUUCUCCCACCGGCUCUUAUAUCACAGCAGAGGGAGGCAGCUGGACCUCCUCCUACACAUCUUCCACCUCCCCAUCCACAUCUCCCAAUCCACUCCUCACAGAAGAAGCACAGGAAGCCCAUGCCUGCUUUGUAAGCUCCUUAUCAGAAAUUGGAGAUGAAGUCGGGGAAGAAAAAGGACAAGUGGGACCAGAGAAAGAAGAAGAAAGAGUUGGGGACUAUAGCUCGCACCGUCCUGAAGAUUUCAGUUCAAAUCCGAGAAUAGGUAGAACAGAAGCGGUGAUUCUCGAGGAGGAGGAGGAGGCUCCAACGGUGGACGAGGUCAAAGUAACUAGAGAAAGUUGUCGUCCGUCCUGGGUGACGGAGAACAGGACGUCUCUACGAAGCAGUAGCAGCCAUAGCAGUGACUCUCAGGAAGAUGAAGGAGAAUCUGAAUGCUCAGUCUUUCCACCUGAAGAGGCUAAUUCAGGUAAAAUAGAAUGUGCUAGAAACAUGCAGACAGGUCUUAGCUUGCAACUAGACACAUGCCUAGCAGAGGAAGUUUACAGACAAAUUGAUGAGCAACCACAUCUAUUAUCUACUGCUUUGACUCCGGACAUGACCAUGGGCUCAUCCAGCUUUAGCUCUGAUUCUCCGCUCACCCCUCAUGAUGUUUUUGGUCCUGGAGCGUUUGAUAGACUGGGCUCUGGUUCUUUCAUAUUCUCUCAGGCAGCUUCUGCUGAUGAUACGCCAGAGGAAGAAAGGAUGAUCCCUGCUUCCCUCAUCUCCUUUCCUCUCAACACCAGCCUUAUCUUUAGAGCCGAUUCCAUGGAAAUCACUCUGUUCCCCACAGAGGAAGAUUACGACAUUGGAGAAGUUCCUGAUGGAGAUGAAGGGAAGGACGUGGAUGCCUACGCAGCAGGAGAGGAGGAGGCAGAUGUUGAAGAUGGAGAUGAUGAUGAUGACGAUGACGAGGAUGAUGAGGAUGAUGAUUACGAUGAUGGCGAUGACGGUGAAUGCAGUGCCAGUGGUGCUGCCGACUGUGAUGACAAUAACGAAAAUCAUGAAGAUAUUGAUAACGAAGAGGGGGCACCUGUGGAAGCUAAGGUGGAGGUGAAAGUGGUAGAAGAUGUAGAAGGAGUAGUAGAUGUGGAGUGUGGUAGCAGAGCAGUGGAGGACCCAAGAGAUGAGGACAGCUCAGCAUCGUUCCUUCAUUCACUUUCAGAAACAUCGAUUAACGAGGGUCUGGAUGAAUCUUUUUGUUAUCAAGAUGACACAGAUGACUCCUUAGAUUCUGCAUCUUACAAUGGAGAUGAAGAUGAAUGUCUCUACAGCACUGAGAGACACGCACAAUCACUAGAACCAACAUCCAAUGUAUGUACUCCUGUUGAUGUGCCCACAGAACCUGAACAGGUGUCGAAAAGCUGCACAAAUUCAAAUGAAAAUAUACAGGUGCAACUUAACACAGAAAAAACAUGCGAUCCUUGUGAAAUCACGUCUCUUUCUGAAACUGCCCAUCCCAUGGAAAACACCAGAAUUUCUGAAGAUCCGGAAGAUCCUCAGCCAUGUGAACCUCUGUCACACCCAGAAUCAGAGUCGUCCAGAGGAAUCGGUCAGCUGGAACCGCCGCCUUUAAAAACUAGCUCAGAUAAACCCUCAAAUGACCAGAAUGCAUCCUGCCUUUUUGAAUCCGAUUCACACCAACCCGACAUCUCUGGUGAGUCAGAUGGGAGCACCGGGGGGUUGAUAAGUACUUCUGAUCCUUUCACCAUUCUUGAGGAUUCCAAUGACAGACAUCAGGUCCAUCACACAGUAAUGCCUGAUGUCAUUCCUGAUCCUCCAAACCAUGUUAAUAAAUCCUCCUCUCUUACUUUGUCACAGAAAAAUGAGGAUCUGGACAGUUCAACAGAUGUAACUAAGAAAAAUACCCAGCAGAGAAAUACAACAAUGAAACAAAGCACUGAUUGUUCUGUGGAAACGUCCACCCAAGAACUAGAGAGGGACUCUUUCAAAUUGCUCAUCAGACCUCGUCAUUGUCAGCCAGAGAGCCAGACCACAGUCAGAGCAACUAGGCUUGUGUUAUCAAAGUCUCUUUCCACUAAAUCUGACGUACCAAGAGGAGCAGAGGCCAUGUACAGACCUGGUAUGGUUAUGGAGUCUGAGCUCAAGCAAGACCAGAAGAAUGGUAGAACGUCAGUGGAAUCUGUUGGUGCAGAGUCCAGGAACUCAGGUUCUACUUCCUCCUCCGACAUCGCUGCUGCUACCAAUGACUUGAAUAAAGGUGUUGUCCUUCUGUCCUCUCCUAAAGACACUUGUCCCAGCCCCAGUAAUAUACCCGUGUCUGUCACCUCAGACGUUGUUGACAAUCUUUCUCUUACAUCUGAAUUCUUUCCAAGUGACUGUGGCCAGGAGAAUCUGAGGGAAACCCUGCAGGGUACUAUUGAGGGUGCGAUGGGCGCUGUUGGAUCUCACUCCCCUGUCGCUAUUUCACCCAAAAGGGAAAACUCAGAAAUGGAGACAAAGAGGCGAAUGGAUUCCAGGUCUGGGAUGAGGGGUGAUGGCAGGAUGGUCACUGGGUUGGGCUUUAGUUCGGAGCCAGUGGCAGAUUUGGUUGGAUGGAAAGAUGGACAGCUUUUGGAGAAUCAAUAUGAGAUGGAGUCAGAAAGUCAAAACAAACAGAUGACGGUGGUCCCCAGUCCGGAGGUUAUUACAUGUGAACAUUAUAUCAAUGUCCCAGAUACUGGUGUUCAAGAGGAAGAAAACUACAGUCAGUGUGAAAUGACAGACCGGAUAACAGAUGAAAAACUGAUUGAAAAAAUUUCAUCUGAAUCUAUCCUGACCUCAUGGAAAUCAAUUGAAGAGAUUUCAGAAGCGGGAGGGGGAGAAGAUGGAAGCACUGAAAUACCAGUGGAUGAAGAUAGUUAUCUUAACACAGGCACUGAUGUGGACAGGAAGAACACAACAAUACAGGACACAUGGAACAACAACAGCAACGACUCUGCAUUUGAGUCCUUAAAAGAAAUGAUGUGUGGAACUUUGAACGCUCUCUCAGAGGAGGUGAGACCGCAGAACGUGAACAUCACUGUCAAAGGGUCCCCUUCUAAUAUUCCACUUGAGGAGAUUCAACAUCAGGCUUCCGACUCAUUUGCCGAUCAAACUGAGGAGUCGCUAGACAGCUCCGUAAACCAGACGUCGGAAACGAGACAGACAUCAUCCCCAAAGAAGGAUGUCUGUAACACCUCAGCGUCAAUUAAAACCAGCAUGAACACGGUGGCAAAAAGUCAACAUUUCCAUUGCUCAACUGAACUUCAUCAGGAUGCAACAACUGCAGCUAAUGACUCCUUUUGUUUCCCUCAUGGAUCCUUUGGUUCUUUUACUCCUAAAUGUAAAUCUGCUGAACUCAGACCCAGUCGGCGUUCCCAGUACAAAGUGGAAAAUAAUGACGAAGAAACUUUGGAGAGUUUAAAGCCCGAGACUGAUCGUAAUCAGAAGGUUGAAAUAACCGACACACUCACUCGUGAAUCAUUGGGUGAAGAAGCCCUUGGAGGACAACAGUGUUUUUGUUAUAACUCAGGGGAAGAUGGUGGCGAUGAGACAACAGAUAAAAAAAUCCAAGGUGACAAGAGAGACAAGAACAAAAAAAUGGAGAGAAAGGCCUCCCCCUUACAGACGAGCCCCAAACACAUGUCGUGUCCCGGCCCUAAGGAGGGUUUUACAGACAAACCAAACACUGCUGAGAAAGGUCGUAGAGGGAAGCAAAGGAAACACAGAAAAUCCCAGAAAGAUGACCAUGGUAGUUCAAGCUCUGACUCUGUGGACGAUAUGAUGAAAGACGAUUUGUCAAAUACCACAGCAGAGGAACGGACAAAGGAGAUCACAGGUGUCCCUAAACCUGAGACAGAUCAAGAGGCAAAGGCGAAAACUUCACCACUGGGCCAUCAGAACAGCACGUCUGGGACAGACAAUGCAGAGCCUCACACAGAAGUACAGGACCACAGUAGUACCAGGCCUGAGGUUAGCAGUCACGAAUGCCUUGAGUCCACUUCACAGGUUCUGGAUAACAUCAACGUUAUUGUGGCACUGAAUGAAGAAAUGCAACAGAAAGAGCAAACACUGGAUAACAGGCCUUUAAUAACUAACAGGAGAAUUACAGUAGAUAUCAAUGACAACAACAUUGUGACUGACCACACCCAAAUUAUAUCAUCUCCACAUUCCCGUUCAUCCACUCCUUUACCCUGUGCUUCAUCUGAGGAGGUGGACGAUCUUCCCACACCAAUACAAGAAUCUCAACCUGUCCUUUCCAUCGGCCAACAGUCUUUUCUGUCUCCGUGUCAGGAUAAUACCUUUUGCUCAAGCUCCCAGGAAACCCAGCAACCAUCCAACGACACGUUUCCUUCCUGUAGCAGCAGCAUCCAGAAGAUUCCGUCUGUGACACCUCCAUCUGCCUCGUUCUCUACGGCUACAACAGCCAGUCUUACCCAGCCAACCCAGGAAUCAUCUUUGUCUGUGUCAGGAAAUAAUGACUCGCUACGCAUCGAAGAUUCUGUUUCCUGUCUCCAGUCUCAGUCCUAUUCUCAUCCUCUGCCUCAUCCCAACAACCAGUCUCACAAACAUAAACAGGGUUACACCAGGAGCUCACAGGAAAAACCAAGAGAUGGUCCUUGUCUAGCUGAGGGGAAUAAAGAGGUCAAGGAUGACACUGUCCUGCCUGGACAUGGAGACAGGUCCCAGUCAAGGGAAGUUGCAGGAAAUGACGGUCCAUCGAUUCAUCAGGAACUGGAGCCCUUUACUUCAACUAUCAUGACUGACAGGCCGUCUGGGGGUGCCAUCAAUCACAGUCACAGGAUUACUGAAGACAUUGACAUAUCCUUCAAACACAAUUGUUCCAUCCUGGCUUCCUGUAAUGAGUCUGAGAGUGAAGGGUCAGUGCCCGAGCUGGAGGAGGCAGAACCGCUGAGGCCACCAGAACAUCUGUCUCUCUCCUCUGCAGAUGAAGGGCUAAACAGACCUAAGCAGAGUCGGAGUGAGAAGAAGGCUCGCAAGGCCAUGUCUAAACUGGGUCUUAAACCAGUCCAUGGUGUGACCAGAAUAACGAUAAGGAAGUCCAAGAGUAUCCUGUUUGUCAUCAGCAGACCUGAUGUCUUCAAAAGCCCUGCAUCAGACAUUUACAUCGUAUUUGGAGAAGCCAAGAUUGAGGACCUAUCACAGCAGGCUCACAAAGCUGCUGCAGAGAAAUUCAAAAUGCCGGUGACAUCUUCUCCUCUGGCUCCUCCUGUCCCACCCAGCCUCACCAUCAAGGAGGAGAGUGAAGAGGAGGAAGAGGAGUUGGACGAGGGAGGUCUGGAGCAGAGGGACAUUGAGCUGGUGAUGGCUCAGGCCAAUGUGUCGCGAGCUAAGGCUGUCCGUGCGCUGAAACACAACAAGAAUGACAUUGUGAAUGCCAUCAUGGAACUGACCAUGUGAAUGAAGGACACUUCGAUCUCUAGGUUCCUUUGGUUCCAGCCUAAAAAGCCUAAAUGCCACUGAUUCUUCUGUCUUGCUGCUACUGUUUGUUGCUUUCCCAAAAUAUCUGCUGAAUAAAGACUAUUCGAACGUGAGCUUGACUUUUAAAAAUUCAAUUGGCCAAUAGUGUUUAAAUAAUGCUCACUCUUUUCUUUUUCUUUUUUUUACAAAAAAUCCGAGAUGAGAGCAGAUAUAAAAUAUUGAUAGAUACUUAACACACAUUCCUUUUGUUAAAAUCUUUAUUAUUGUCCUUAGAAAAAUAUUCUCAUUAGUAAUUAUAAUUGUUUUUGUUGUUUACCACAUUUUAAAAAAAAUUCCAUACCUUAGCUGAAAUGUUUUCUUUUUUUUUUCUUCCCCCCAGUAUUUGCUCACACAAUUAAGAUUUCUAGCAUACCAAAACAAAGAAGAUGACAAAACAAACAUUGGCAAAAACACACGUCUGUGAAGUCGAGUCCAAAACAAAAAACA